AUGACUAGUCGUGCUCCGCUGUUGGUGGCGGCGAUAGAUUUCGGCACUACUUUUUCUGGUUACGCCUUCUCCUUCCGCCACGAUUACGAAAGAGACCCACUAAAGAUAUCGUGUAACAACUGGGUCGCAGGUGGGCGUGGCUUGGUAUCACUUAAAACACCAUCAACCAUACUUCUUGAUUCAGACAGGAAGUUUCACUCCUUUGGAUACGAAGCUGAAAAUAAAUAUUCAGAGUUGACUGAAGAAGACGACCAUCAUGAUUGGCUGUACUUCAAACGAUUCAAGAUGUUACUACAUAACAAUAGAGAUCUCCGCCGAUCAACUAAGAUAAAAGACAUCAACGGUAAGUCUAUGUCGGCCAUGGUGAUUUUCUCGAUGGCGAUUCGAUACCUCCGGGAACACCUUCUGGAGACAAUUCAUCUUCAAAUGGAUGGUUUCAGUGAAGACAUGAUUGGCUGGGUACUCACCGUACCUGCAAUCUGGGACGAUGGCGCUAAACAAUUCAUGCGUGAAGCAGCCAAGGACGCUGGUAUUGAUAACGACAAGCUGACAUUGGCCUUAGAACCCGAGGCAGCAUCACUGUACUGUAUGAAGCAGCCGAUGACCAAGCUCACGACGGUCAACCAAAAAACAUCUUUCGUGGAAUUUGAGGUCGGAACCAAAUACAUGGUUAUCGACAUUGGAGGUGGAACAGUUGACAUCACUAUUCACGAAAUAAUCUCCAGUGGAAAAAUCCGUGAGAUACAAGCCGCCAGCGGUGGAUCGUUUGGCGGAACAAAUGUGGAUAGUAAGUUCAAUCAAUUUCUUGUGAAACUUUUCGGAAACGAUGUGCUUACCGAACUUAAGGCGAAAUGCAUGCAAGAUUAUCUUGACUUAUUCCGCGAUUUUGAAACAAAGAAAAGAACACUGAAACCGAACUCUGAGGGCCGUAUGGUCUUCCGAAUACCUUUCUUAUUAAUGCAAAUUUUCAAGGCAACAACUGACGAGGAAUUAGACAAAUCUCUGUUGAAUUCUCCCUUCAGUGACACUGUUUCCAUUCGCGGAGACAAGAUAUUGGUUGACAUAUUAAUAUGUAAGGAGUUUUUCAGGGAAGCUUGUGAUGGUAUAACCGAAAGUGCAGAACAAGCCCUGGAAACUGCCAAAGAAGUAAACAUUUCUAAGAUCCUACUUGUUGGUGGUUUUUCCGAGUCACAAAUGAUACAGCAUGCGAUCAGACACAAAUUCCCAGGGAAAACUGUUGUGUCACCAGGAGAUGCCGGACUAGCUGUACUCAAAGGCGCAGUCCUCUUUGGACAUGAACCUGACACUAUAAAAUCAAGAGUGAUGAAGUAUUCGUAUGGUGUAGAGGUGAAUCAACAUUACGAUCCUGACAUCCAUCCCGAUGUCUACAAGUUCUGGCAAGCAAAUAAAAGCAGAUGGAUGUGCCGUUACUGCUUUGAUCCGUUCGUUAAAGCUGGGGAUGAAGUUGAGGUCGGUAGCACCGUGACAAAUACCUAUGGGCCAGAGGAAAAAGACUCAAUCGAAGGCAUCGGUAUUUUUGCUUCAACAAAGGUUCCAAGGUUUAUCAAGGAUCCUUCUUGCUUCAGACUCGGUGCCAUGUACAUAAAGAUGCCGAAUGGAGGUUGGCCAUUGCAUGCCAGCCUCAAAGUGGAGAUGAAAUUCGGAGGGACGGAGUUCACUGUUACCAUAACAGAUGAGUGGUUUGGAGACUCAUACUCAGAUUCGUUUGACUUCAUAAAGUAA